AUGGAACCGCCGGAGUGCCCGGUGUGUCUUCAAUCCUUCGACGAGCGCGACGCAAUUCAUCGUGUCUUAUCAUGUGGUCACUCCGUCUGCCAAACUUGCCUCGCGGAGCUUCCGCAGCCGUACCCAGACAUUAUUCGGUUCCCCACGUGCACCCAGCUCGUGAAGUAUCCUUCUCAUUUCUCAACAAGGCCCUUCCUCUCUUCCCAAAAACAUCGACCUCCUCAGACUCUCCCUCCAACACUCCCCUUCUUCCUCCUCCGGAUUGGAUUCUCCCGCACUACGCCGUUUCAACCGGUGAUGUUGGUGUUCGCCGGUUCAGUUCAAUAUCUUCGUCCAAGGGUAGGAUUUGCUUCGGAGUUAACCGCAGCGUGGUUUGGAGAGUUGGAUAAAGGUGGGAUUUUUAGUUUUUUAAUGAUUGGGAAGGGUAUAUGUGAAGCUGUGCUUGCUUUCCAUCUGGAGGGUUUGGUUGCUGGCUGUUUGGGGCUUUCUUGUUUCUCUUUUGAUGAGCUUGGUGGAAUUUGUGUUGAUUUGAAUGAGGCAUUGAUGAUGGGAAGGAAGUUAGUGAAUGCUGUUUCCACUAAACACGAAGAAGAAGCAACGUGUAAGGAUUGCUUGGAAAAUGAGGUUUUUGCAAGCCCUGAGGUUUUGUAUGAAUUAUUGCACAAGAGGGGCACUUCUCUGGAUAGUGGGCAUUCGAGAUAUCCAAUUGGAUAUGGCUCGGAUGUAUGGUCAUUGGCUUGUGUACUUCUGCGGCUUCUUAUUGGAAGUGCGCUGCCUCGGAAUACCUUAAAAAUGAAGGAAGAGAAUGACGGUGAUAUCUCAGCUAGUUACGUGUGUUGGGUGGAGAAAGUUAGUUCUGUUAUGGAAGACAAACUAGGCUCUGAAUAUCUGUCACUGAGGAAGAUUCUUUGUAAAUGUUUGGAUGUUAAUCCAGGAAACCUCAAUUUGGUGGAUGUAAGGAAAUGCAUUCAGGAUAUGCUAGUCAAACCUCAAUUUGAUUUUCUGGGCAACUUGAUAAGUAGGGACAGCACUUGUCACUGCUUGGUUCUAGGGGAGUUGUGUUUGUUGCCUAAGCAAAGUUCUAAUGGACCGAUUGAACAUGAGUUGCAGGAGAAAGAAAGUGACAGUCAACCAAAUUUUCUUCAAAAUGGCAAAGACAAAUCUGAUGAAGACUUUGCUGCUGGCUCACCUAAGGGAAUGACUGAACACAAAGAUCUGCGGGGAAAAAGUAAGAAGUCAUAA